GUCAUAACAUAUGUCUUGACUGUGCAUCCAUGCCUGCUCAGUAAGAGUAGUAGAGAACGUGUGGAAACUGUGCAAGUGCGAAAGCAGGACAGGCAGACUUUGCGCAGCAUCGGCCGUGCUUUUCGUUCCUGGACCUGCAUCAUGACUGCUACAAACGUUCUCUUCCCCAUCCCACAUGCCCAAACUGUUUCGGGUCUCACGACUGCCCCUGCUGUCUCUCUGGCGCAUGUUGCACAUGUUGCGCUGUUUGACUCCAAGCUCGGCAUACACAAGGUCUCUCGUCACUCACACAAUGUUGUCAUCCCACCUUACACAGACGCAGCACAUCCCACUGCCUGGGAAGCUGUCUUUGCACAGGAUAGCAUCAACCCCAGGAACAAGAUGGCACCGCCAGGUGGCUUUGGAUUCUAUAUACAUGGUCCAGAGACGUGGCAGCACAAGCUCAAGCGGCGUGGAGAGUGGCAGGAGGUCAUCAUGAGCUACGAGGUCCUGUUUGAGGAUGGCUGGAAGUGGCAGAGGGGCGGGAAGUUGCCAGGCAUCUGUGUGCUCCGAACUCUGUCUUUUUGUGUCUUGAACAGCUGAGUUGAUCCUCUUGCGCGCACGCGAGUCAAGAUGGUGACAUGGACGACAAGAGAGCCAAUGCAAGUGCUUCAAUCUGUGGCUUAUGUGGAGGUAAGUGGCUUCCUUGGCUCAC